AUGUCCGUCCUCCUGACGGAGGCGGACAUGGAGGUGUCAGAGCUGCUGGCGGAGUCUGAGCGACGAGAGUUUUGUCCUAUCGGGCGAGAGGACGCCCAGACUGGCGGCAGAGCGUCGUCGCCGCACCGGGAUGGCCGCAGCGAGUCUGAACCCAACACAGAAUCGGAGACAGUGGUGCGCAGUGCCUCCUCUUCCUCUGACCUGGAAGACGAAAAGGACUCGGAAGUCCCCUCAUGGGAGCCGCAGAGGAACUUUCCGAGGCUAUGGGACAGUCUCACACGACGUGGCAGGGUAACGGCCAAGAGCCACGAAGAAGCAUCAGAAAACCCCCCCGCUAAUUUCCAGAGUAGCGGGGCGGCAGAGCCACCCACUCGUACUCUCGGAGCAGCCAGAAGCACCGCUCCCACCAUAGUGUCUGUGACCCCCAAACUCAGGGGCUCAGGCUCUCCCGCCGUGAGCGGGAGGCGCGGCAGGACUACACCACCCGAAGCUUGCCCCAGGCGGAGGCCACUCUCACCCCGGGACCCCCCUGGAGACACUCUCUCUGUGUCACUGCUCAAACUGCUGUCGCCUCUAGGAGACUCUCCUCCUAGGGAACAGCUCACGCCCCCGCCUGACUCUCCGCCUUCCGGGAGCCGCCCCAGCACGCCACCAGUCACACACCCCUCACAAGCUGAACCUACAGCACCCACCGACGGGCUAAUGCGUGGAGGACGGCCCCUUGCCGGAGUGCUAAAGACCAGCCGUGAUCACAGCCGGGAAGCGAGGCGCAGCCUAAGGGUGUCAUGGGGAGACUUGCCGGAGGACCUCGACGACAACGACGACAAAAAAGACGAUGACUCUCCAGAAUAUCCGGCACCUACAUUUCCCUUGGAGGAGCGGGGCUACCGCGUCACGCGACUGUGA